CAUCAACAACAUUCUGCGAAGACUUUGGAUCUGUUGAUGCGUAAGAGAGAGAGAUGGCUCGAGCAUGGACGAAGACGAUGGUGAUGAUUAUGAUUCUGACAUGGACUAUCUCAGCGAAAGAGCAGCUGAGCGGUAAAGAGUGCGAGGAUCUAGGGUUCACCGGCCUCGCUCUCUGCUCCGAUUGCCACUCACUCUCUGAAUACGUCAAGGAUCAAGAGUUGGUAUCUGAUUGUUUGAAAUGUUGCGCGGAUGAUUCUGAGGAUUCGAUGAGUAAGGUUAUUUAUUCAGGCGCUAUAUUAGAGGUGUGUAUGAGGAAGCUAGUUUUCUACCCUGAGAUUGUUGGUUUUAUUGAAGAAGAGAAAGAAAAGUUCCCUAGUGUUAACGUUCAGUACAUUUUCAACUCACCGCCCAAGUUGAUCAUGUUGGAUGAAGAUGGUGAACAUAAGGAAACCAUAAGAAUCGACAACUGGAAACGUGAGCAUCUACUGCAGUACAUGCGGGAGAAGGUCAAGGCCACUUCAGCAAGUUUGUGAGAUCACAUGUAGGGCUCAAUACCUUUGUCAAACCAAAUAGUUAAGAACACACUGUGGUCGAAACUUAUCUUUACUUUCUCCAAGCUAUUUGCUCCUUCUGCUUCAGUAGUUUGUAUGUUCUGAACCUUAGCAAUCUCAUUGUUAAUGACUUCUAUUUUAUGAAAGGGUAAUGAGAAUCUUGUACUUAGCUGUUUA